CUGACCCCAAGCGCGUCACCCAAAAGAGGGAGUAAACGAGACAGCGAGAGGGAGGGAUAAAAAGAGAGAAAAACUAGCGCUGCCCGAAGACGUUGGAAUUUUGUGAAUUAUUGUUGUUGCAGCCCAGCAAUAACGGUAGAGAGACACCAACAACAAGUACCAAUGACAAAGUGAAACUGACUGCGCUGCUCUACAAACAACAAUAAUAACAAGAACAACAACAACAAAACAAAACGAUUUAGGAAGAGCAAAACUGUGAUCUCUGCUUUAUAUAUUUUUUGGGGGCAAUUGUUCAAUUUGGCUGUGCUCGAAAGUAAAUUUAGUCAACUCGUUACGCGUAUUUGCGGCAUUAGGUAGCGCUUUUUCCAACCGACGACUGGAAAAUCAAUUCUUCGGCUUGCCAAAGGGCAACAACAACUAGCAGUUGUUGAAGUUUUUCUUUGUUGUUUUUUCUGCUGCUGCGGCCCAGCCCAAAACAAAAAAGCAAAGAAGAAGAGGAGGAGAAAGAAGAAGAAGAAGAAGAAGCAGCGCAGCCGGAUUUGCAAAUAGUUGCCGCAGCCCGGAAGACGUAUAGACAGCCGGAACGAUGGCAUACCGCAAACCCAGCGAUCUGGAUGGAUUUAUCCAGCAGAUGCCCAAAGCGGAUAUGCGCGUAAAGGUGCAGCUCGCCGAGGAUCUGGUGACAUUCCUGAGCGACGACACAAACUCAAUUGUCUGCACAGAUAUGGGCUUCCUCAUUGACGGAUUGAUGCCCUGGUUGACAGGCAGCCACUUCAAAAUUGCACAAAAGUCCCUGGAGGCAUUUUCGGAGCUAAUCAAGCGAUUGGGGAGCGAUUUCAAUGCAUACACAGCCACCGUUCUGCCACAUGUGAUUGAUCGGUUGGGGGACAGCAGGGACACAGUCCGCGAGAAGGCGCAACUCCUCCUGCGCGACCUUAUGGAGCACAGAGUGCUUCCGCCCCAGGCGCUGAUCGACAAAUUGGCCACCAGCUGCUUCAAGCACAAGAACGCCAAGGUGCGCGAGGAGUUCCUGCAGACAAUAGUGAAUGCUCUCCAUGAGUAUGGCACCCAGCAGCUCAGCGUUCGCGUAUAUAUUCCACCAGUUUGUGCCCUUCUCGGCGAUCCCACUGUAAAUGUUAGGGAGGCAGCCAUCCAGACGCUGGUGGAGAUUUACAAACAUGUCGGUGAUCGCCUGCGACCAGACCUACGACGCAUGGAUGACGUGCCGGCUUCCAAACUGGCGAUGCUGGAGCAAAAGUUCGAUCAGGUCAAACAGGAGGGUCUACUACUGCCUUCAGCCCUUAGAAACUCUAAUGGCAAUGGAGUGAGUGUGGACGAGGCUGACAACAUUGGGAUCAGGGAGCGACCCACGCGGAUGAUUAAGCGGCCACUGCACUCCGCCGCCUCCUCAUCGCUGCGCUCCAAACCUAGUGUAAACGAUGUGAGCGGUGAUGCAGGCGCUGUGACCAUGGAGACCUUUGAGUCUAGCUUCGAGGCCGUUCCGCAACUGAGCAUCUUCCACGCCAAGGACAUGGACGAUAUAUACAAGCAAAUACUGGUGAUCAUUAGCGACAAGAACGCGGACUGGGAGAAGCGCGUAGAUGCUCUAAAGAAAAUUCGAGCGUUACUCCUACUUAGUUAUCAUACCCAGCCGCAAUUUGUGGCCGUGCAGCUAAAGGAACUAUCAAUAAGCUUUGUGGAUAUCCUCAAGGAGGAACUGCGGUCACAGGUGAUCCGCGAGGCGUGUAUCACCAUCGCAUAUAUGUCGAAGACGUUAAGAAAUAAGCUAGAUGCCUUCUGCUGGAGCAUAUUGGAGCAUCUGAUCAAUUUGAUACAGAACAGCGCGAAGGUCAUAGCGUCCGCUUCCACAUUGGCUCUGAAAUACAUCAUUAAAUACACGCACGCGCCCAAGCUGCUAAAGAUCUACACGGACACCCUAAAUCAGUCAAAGUCAAAAGAUAUACGGGCCACACUAUGUGAACUGAUGGUGCUGCUUUUCGAGGAGUGGCAGACCAAGGCGCUUGAGAGGAAUGCCACCAUUCUGAGGGAUACCUUAAAGAAAUCCAUCGGCGAUGCAGACAGCGAUGCACGCCGCCAUUCCAGAUGCGCUUACUGGGCUUUCAGGCGGCAUUUUCCGGACUUUGCGGAUCAGAUAUAUGGCACCCUGGACAUAGCUGCACAGCGUGCCUUGGAAAGAGAGCGAGAGGGCGGUGGAGGGAGUGGUAACGUCGCUCAACCAGAAACAAGACGAACUGUAUCACGCAUUGGCCGAACUCCUGGAACCCUGCAAAAGCCCACGCCCAGUAUGAGAUCAAUUUCAGCGGUGGACACUGCUGCUGCCCAGAGAGCCAAGGCCAGGGCACAGUAUACACUGUAUUCAAGACAAAGGAAACCUCUAGGGCCAAGCAAUACCAACCAGGCACCGAUGACUGGAGCAGCGGCAAGUGGAUCGCUGCCCAGGCCACGACUCAAUUCCAAUAGCGGUGGCACGCCGGCCACCACGCCGGGAUCGGUAACGCCACGACCUCGAGGACGAGCAGGUGUAUCUCAGUCGCAGCCAGGAUCCCGUUCUACCUCGCCAAGCACAAAGCUGCGGGAUCAGUAUGGCGGAAUCAGUAAUUACUAUCGUGGAGCAACUGGCGCCAUACCUAAAAAGGCCUCCGGAAUACCACGAAGCACAGCCAGCUCCAGGGAAACCAGCCCAACCAGGUCAGGCGGUGGCCUGAUGAAGCGCAGUAUGUAUUCCACUGGAACGGGAUCACGACGAACGCCUGAGAGGAACAACCCUGUGAGACCUUCUGCGGCAGCUCGUCUGUUGGUGCAAUCCCGUGAAGCAGAACAAACACUAGGCCCUGCAGAUGAUGGUCAACCUGACUAUGUGUCCGGGGACUAUAUGCGCAGCGGAGGAAUGCGAAUGGGCAGAAAGCUUCUGGGACGCGAUGAGUCUGAUGAUAUCGACUCCGAGGCCAGCUCUGUGUGCUCAGAGCGAUCCUUCGACUCCAGCUACACUAGAGGCAAUAAAUUGAAUUACUCUCUUAGUGGAAGCCACACCCGUUUGGACUGGACCACGCAACGGGCGCCUUUUGACGAUAUCGAAACGAUCAUUCAGUUCUGCGCCUCUACGCAUUGGUCAGAAAGAAAGGAUGGUCUAAUGAGCCUUACCCACUACCUGGCCGCCGGCAAGGAGCUCACCCAGCAGCAGCUACAAUGCGUUCUGGACAUGUUCCGCAAGAUGUUCAUGGACACACACACCAAGGUGUACUCGCUGUUCCUGGACACGGUCACUGAGCUGAUUCUAGUUCAUGCGCCCGAGCUGCACGAUUGGCUCUUUAUCUUGCUGACGCGACUGUUCAACAAACUGGGCACCGAUCUCCUCAACUCGAUGCACAGCAAGAUCUGGAAGACGCUACAAGUGGUGCACGAGUACUUCCCCACGCAAUUGCAGCUAAAGGAGCUAUUUAGGAUCUUAUCGGACUCAACGCAAACGCCAACAACUAAGACGCGCAUCGCCAUUCUGCGCUUCCUCACGGAUCUGGCCAACACAUACUGCAAGAGCAGCGACUUCCCCAGCGACCAGAGUCAGGCUUGCGAACGAACGGUCCUAAAGCUGGCCCAGCUGGCGGCGGACCAGAAGUCGAUGGAGCUGCGCUCCCAGGCCAGAAGCUGCCUGGUGGCCCUGUAUAACCUGAACACCCCGCAGAUGACCAGGCUAUUGGCCAACCUGCCAAAAGGAUACCAGGACUCAGCCCGCUCCUGCAUCCAGUCGCACAUGCGGCGGCAAAGCCAAAGUGGAAAUUCGGGUGCCAAUUCGCCUAGUAGCUCUCCAUUGAGCAGUAGCAGUCCCAAACCCUUACAAAGCCCCUCUGUGGGUCCAUUUGCAUCGCUGCAGAGCCACCACCAACUCAGCCUGAGUUCCACUAGUCCCCGUUCGCGGCAGUCCUCUGUGGAGCAGGAGCUGCUCUUCUCCUCGGAACUGGAUGCUAUUCAGCACAACAUUCAAAAGACGUCAGAGGAGAUCCGGCACUGCUUUGGCGGUCAAUAUCAGACGGCGCUGGCGCCCAAUGGCUUCAAUGGACACCUGCAGUAUCAUGAUCAAGGCCAGCAGGAUUCUUGUGCCUCCCUGUCUUCCAACUCCAAGACACAGUCGUCAGCCAACACCACGCAGUCAAAUACUCCGGAGUCUGCCACCAUGCGUCUAGAUAACCUUGAUCGGGAUAGGACAACUCAAAAUGCCAAGUCGCCGCAGCCAACGGGCGAUGCCAAAGUGCCCACGUUCUCGAUAAAUGUGGCGGAAAAUGGUGAGCUGAUUCUGGCCAAUGACUUGAUGGAAACCGAAGUGGUGCGUGUGGCCUUAACGCUUACAAAGGAACAGCCCGUGGAGCUGCUGCAGACGUCACUUACAAACCUGGGGAUCUGCAUCAAAAGCGGAAACUGCGAGUUGCCCAACAAGCACUUUAGAUCGAUUAUGCGAAUGCUGCUCAACAUUCUGGAGGCAGAGCACACGGACGUGGUCAUUGCCGGCCUGCACGUGCUCAGCAAGAUUAUGCGCAGCAACAAGAUGCGCCACAACUGGAUGCACUUCCUGGAAUUGAUCCUGUUGAAGAUCAUUCAGUGCUAUCAACACAGCAAGGAGGCUUUUCGGGAUAUCGACUCGAUGAUUCCAAGGAUAGCACCAUGUCUGCCGCUGGACCUGUCCAUCAACAUUGUCAAUCCGGUGAUUGCGACGGGCGAGUUCCCCACGAAUCUGUGCGCCAUUAAAAUUCUGCUGGAGGUGACCGAGCAUCAUGGUUCGGAAAUCACGGACGCCCACCUGGACAUUGUGUUCCCGAAUUUGGCGCGAUCGGCAGACGACACGCAGUCGAUGGUGCGCAAGGCGGCGGUAUUCUGCAUCGUAAAGCUCUACUUUGUUCUGGGUGAGGAGAAGGUCAAGCCAAAGCUGUCCGUGCUAAAUCCCAGCAAGGUGAGGCUACUCAACGUGUAUAUUGAGAAGCAGCGGAACUGCAUUAGCGGCGGGGGAAGUUCCACGAAGAACUCGUCGGCAGCAUCCUCAUCAUGAUUGCGGGGGUCCUCGCCAGGAUUCCUGCACCAGCACCACAAACAAGACACGGACGCGAUUGCGUCCCACGGCCUGCGAAGAAAGUGAGGAGCGGCGGACAUUUAAUGAUAUAUAAUACAUUAACUAAUUAUUUAUAACUAAUUAUUACCAAUGAUCAGAAAAUUGUGUAACUGUUUGAUGCGUAUAUAAAGCAAAUGCAAACGAACCUCCCAAAAAAAUACGAAAACCGAGGGCCAUCGCCCUCCCAAUGUGAGCAGAAAAACUAUUUAUACAUGUACGGAAACUAAAGCGAUAAAACCAACAAAAUGUACUAAAAUUGUAGCCAACUCCGCACCCCUCACGCCCUACCCUCUUGUACCCGCGAUCGCUAAGUUGUAUGUGUUUUACCAGCUUCUAACUAUUUACGCUGCUUCUAUUUAGUUAGUAAGUCUUAAUGUCGCUCUUUUUGGAUAACCAGACGUAUACUUUUUUACUUUAGUUCAAGGCGAUUUCGUAUCCUUAUUUUGUUUCCGCUCAACUAAAUUCUAAUUACUAUUAUUACUACGAUUCUGCUCUUCUUACAACUGAACUAUUUUUGUAAUUCAUUUAAAAACACAAGCCCACACAAAAUGAUAAAAACAAUAAACAACACUUCUAGGUUAUGUAAUAAUAUUUAUAAAUUAAUUAAACGAAUAAAACAGUUAAACAAAAGUCCCAAAAUACAUAAUGUAAACAACAAGUCAGCGUUUUGUUUGCCAACAUCCUUUGCUAA